AAUGUUGAAAACCCUGGCUCAGUUUGUGGUUCUCGGUUGCUCCUGGAUUCUGGGUUUCUUCACUAAUAGCAGUAAAGUGCUGGAGAUCCUCUUCCUGAUCUUGAACUCCCAGCAGGGAACCUUCAUCUUCCUCAUCUACUGCGUCCUCAAUAAAGGGAUCAGGCAAGAGUACAGGAAGCUCUUUACAUCUCUUUGCUGUGGACUCAAACCCAAGAACAUCAAUUGGACCUCAGAAAACACUGGGGAAAGUUUAGUCCAGGGUCCAGGCCAGGAAAUGAAGUGACAUUCUAUCAUUAUUUCCAUAUUAAAUAUGUCAGCUAUGACUUUCACGAUCUAACAUUUAAUACAGCACUUAUACUAUUUUAGUGUCAAUACUGUAAAGUACUGUUAAUAUUGUUGAAAGUCAUAUCAAAUCACCAUAUCAAAUAUAUAUUUUUAAACAAUUUAUUUAAAAUGCUUUACAAAAAUAGCCUAUAGCUUAACACAGUAUCACACAAUGCAAAUUUAGCUAUUGACUUAUGCAAAAAGAAAAGUACAGUGCCCAU